GGAAAGAGUUCAACUUCCCAGGAAGACUUGGAGUUCCCUGGUUGUACGGAUUCUUGAGGCCUAGGAAGGCACCCCUAAAAGAAUUCAGAGAACUGACAAUGUCCCUGUAUUGUGGAACUGCUUGCAGGAGAAAAUUUUUUGGGGGCUAUAGGCUGCUGUCAACCUAUGUUACUAAGACACGUUUAAUUCUGGCUACUGAAAAUAUUACACUUAUUAAAUAAAUGUCAAAUAUGGCUUCACUUUCAUCAGUGGUCCCUUUAGUAGAGAUAAGGACCUAAUGGCAUCCACUUGGGAGAAUAGAUGCUUGAAAUAAGACUGCAUUUAAGGUAUUUAUUUGAACUGAAAGAAGAUGAUGAUGCAUGUAAAAAAGCCCAGCAGACAGGAGCAUUUUAUCUCUUUCACAACUUGGCUCCUUUGCUUCAGAAAUCAGAACAUCAGUAUGUGGCCCCCCAGCAUAGCCUAUUAGAGUUGGAAAGGCUCCUGGGUAAGUUUGGACAAGACUCACAAAUACUAGAAGAUUCCGUGCUAAUUGGAUGCUCAGAACAGCAAGAAGCAUGGUUUGCUCUGGAUCUAGGUCUAAAUAGCUCUUCUUCCAUAAAUGCUUCCUUACAGAAAGCUGAAGUGGAGACAGCCCUCCAAGGGUCGUUCAUUAAGCUGACAAAGGCUCUCUUUGAGCUGAAUGUGAAGGAUGCCUCCUUGCUGUCCACGGCUCAGGCUCUUCUUCGUUGGCAUGAUGCUCAUCAGUUCUGCAGCAGAAGUGGGCAGCCCACCAAGAAGAAUGUGUCUGGUAGCAAGCGUGUGUGCCCUUCCAAUAACAUCAUCUAUUAUCCACAGGUGGCACCUGUGGUGAUCACUCUGGUGUCAGAUGGAACUCGAUGCCUGCUUGUCCGCCAGAGUUCCUUUCCCAAGGGAAUGUAUUCUGCCUUGGCAGGUUUUUGUGAUAUAGGUGAAAGUCUGGAAGAGACUGUCCGGCGAGAAAUUGCGGAAGAGGUGGGAUUGGAGGUGGACAGACUGCAUUACUCUGCAUCCCAGCAUUGGCCCUUUCCUCACAGCACGCUCAUGAUUGCUUGUCAUGCAACUGUGAAGCCAGGGCAGACAGACCUCCAGGUGAACUUGAGAGAAUUAGAAGCAGCUGCCUGGUUCAGUCGUGAUGAGGUGGCCGCAGUCCUGAGAAGAAACCACCCAUCUAAUCAGCAACAGAGUGGGGCUGUCCCAUUCUGGCUGCCCCCCAAGUUAGCCAUUGCCCACCAACUGAUAAAGGAGUGGGUGGAAAAACCAACCUGUUCUCCCCUGCCUGCUUAGCUCAGGUCAGGCCACCUGAUCAGAUAACCCCCUCCUCACGAUCUAAGAGGGGCACAUCAGAGAACAAUUGAUAAACAGGAGGUGACAAAAACCCAUCCCCGGCCAACCUCAUAAGGCAGAACAGAUGGUAAGCCUAUAGCAGGACACAUCUGCCAGUGUUAACAGAAGUUCCUAACCACAGGCAAUCAAAAACGCCCAAACCGAUCAGAUAACAAAAAUCAAAGCAAAAGUUGAUUAGUUUGGAUACAGGCCCUUGUUCACUCAUUCUCCCCUGUGCUAUGGAAGCAAACAUCUUCUGGCAUGUGGCUUAUCAAUGCUGGAUUUAUACUAACUGCCAAAUGUGCCUGGUAUAAUUUCAGUUAAAAUUUUAUCUUGGUAUUAAAAAUAUAUAGCAGAUCUCAACCCACUACUGAGUUACUUUUUAUGUUCACAGAAUUUUAAAAAGUAGCACAACAUUUUUGAAUUUGUAUAGAGGUAACUAUUUUAUAUAUAGUAGUUAAAUAAAAGUCAUAUUUCUUUAAGUCCUUCAUCCCAGGAAAGCCGAAUUAAGGUCUUCCUCAAGGUGCUUUGUAAUAAAUCAGAUACAGUGA